AGCGGGAGCUGCUGAGCCGGACCGGGGUCGCGAGCCCAAGUCGGGAGCGGAGGAGGCUCCGGGCGGCCGUGAAAGACUCGCGCGAAAUGGGGAACAAGCUCCUACUUGAACUAUGUCUUAAGUUCUAUCAUGGGUUAUGGAAUUGUGCGCUGAUGAGCCAAGAAGUGGAGUGCUCAAGUGACUAAAGAAGAUGGGUGCUAAUGCUUCAAACUAUCCUCAUUCAUGUUCCCCAAGAGUAGGGGGAAAUUCUCAGGCACAACAGACAUUCAUAGGGACAUCAUCCUAUUCCCAUCAAGGUUAUGGCUGUGAAUCUAAACUUUAUAGCCUUGAGCAUGGCCACGAGAAACCUCAAGAUAAAAAAAAGAAAAGUUCUGGCCUUGCUACCCUCAAAAAGAAAUUUAUUAAGCGCCGAAAGUCUAACCGGUCUGCUGAUCACGCCAAGCAGAUGCGCGAGCUCCUCUCCGGCUGGGAUGUCAGGGAUGUCAAUGCGUUAGUGGAAGAGUAUGAAGGAACGUCAGCCUUAAAAGAGCUUUCUCUGCAAGCUAGUUUGGCAAGGCCAGAAGCCAGGACGCUGCAGAAAGACAUGGCUGAACUGUACGAGUUUAAAUACUGCACCGAUGUCGAUCUAAUAUUUCAAGAAACUUGCUUCCCUAUGCAUCGUGCAAUUUUGGCUGCAAGGUGCCCAUUUUUUAAGACCCUCCUUUCUUCCUCACCAGAAUAUGGUGCAGAGAUUAUAAUGGAUAUCAACACAGCUGGCAUCGACCUGCCCAUGUUUUCUGCUUUGUUACACUACCUAUACACGGGUGAAUUUGGGAUGGAAGAUUCGAGGUUUCAGAACGUGGACAUUCUCAUGCAGCUUAGUGAGGAAUUUGGAACACCAAAUUCUCUCGAUGUUGACAUGCGAGGGCUGUUGGAUUACAUGUGCUAUUAUGACGUGGUUCUCAGUUUUUCAUCCGACUCUGAACUUGUUGAAGCUUAUGGCGGAAGUCAGGGCUGCUUAGAUGAGGAGCUCAGAGCACACAAAGCUAUUAUUUCAUCGCGCUCACCUUUCUUCCGGCAUCUGUUACAGAGGAGGAUACGAACCGGAGAAGAAAUCACAGAUCGAACACUAAGGACUCCAACACGGAUUAUAUUAGAUGAGUCUAUCAUACCAAAAAAAUAUGUGAGGGUAAUUUUAAACUGUAUGUAUACAGAUUUGGUGGACCUCUCUAUUUUGCACAGCAGUCCAUCAGUAGGGAGUCUAAGUGAGGUCCAGGCUCUUGUAGCAGGAAAAACAAGCAUGACAAAGGCUGAAGAAGCUAUGGAACUGUACCACAUAGCACUUUUCCUGGACUUCAGUAUGCUUGCACAAGGUAAAUAAUUAUUUUAUUCCUUUAAUGUUUAAAUCUGGAUGGAUUUUUAAAAUUUCUUCUUGAUAGUUCCUGCCCUUCUCUUUUAGGCGAGGCUUCUAAAAUUAUCCUGCUCUGGAAUUAUUAUUAGCUUCAUGUAAUUUUAGUCAAUUAACUAUACAUUUUUCAGAAUACAUUACUGAACAAAGCUAUAUUUAAUGAGGUUUAUUUCCAUGUUUUGUGUGUGCGUGUGUGUGUGUGCACGCAUGUUUGUGUAUAUGUGUAUGUGUGUCAUCUUUAAGUUGCAGAUGGCUAUAAAUUAUUUCAGGAAAAAAACUUGUUUUUGAUGUAUGUCUGAGCUACACUAGUCACCAUAUUAGAGAUAUUCUUCCUUUUGUAAGUUAUGGUCGACGUUAUCAAUGAUGUACUAUUUUACAAAGAACUGGCUCCUAACUUGAUUGAUGUCUUCAACCGAAGAUAACUGUAUAAGGAGUGGUUACUUUAUAUAGGUAAAAGUAAAGGUUUCCCUCGCACAUGUGUACUAGUCGUCAAAGAGCCAGUGCUGUUUG